GCAUUCGAUGUUUGGUCUUACAGUUUAGUCGCUAAUUUUUCAAAAGCAUAAAUCUGGCCAACGACUGAGAACAAUUUCCUGAGCAAUUCCCCAUGGUUCCCCUAAAACGUAGGAAGACAGACUCGGGGUCAGUGAGCGGCGAUGAUAAUAAAGUCAUCAAGUUCCCCAAUGUCGUCAUUUUUCUUCUGGAGAGAAAGAUGGGAUCGAGCCGUAAAGCUUUCCUCACAAGGCUUGGCAGGAGAAAGGGAUUUCGUAUUGAGGAAUCUUACAGCCAGGCUGUCACUCAUGUUGUGUCUGAGAACAACUCUGGGAGGGAGAUGCGGGCCUGGCUGGAGUCUCAGGCACCAGCAGGAAGCACUGAGGUCCCAGUCCACCUGCUGGACAUCAGCUGGUUCACAGAAAGCAUGCGGGCAGGCCGUCCCGUGGAUAUCCAGGACAGGCACCGGCUGCAGGUGACUCAUGAACCUGGCCCCGAAGCGGUAAUGAUAACACUCAGUGGUUAUGCUUGUCAGAGAAGAACACCUUUACAGCAUCACAACACAGCACUCACAGAGGCCCUCCUCGUACUGGCCGAGAAUGCAGAGUUCUGUGAAGAUGAAGGGCGGAACAUAGCUUUCAAGAGGGCGGCGUCUGUGCUGAAGGCCCUCCCCCAGGCUGUGUGCAGGAUGGGAGACCUACAGGGCUUGCCAUGUCUCGGGGAGCAUUCACAAAGGGUCAUUAAGGAGAUCUUGGAGGAUGGAAAAUCGAGGGAGGUGGAGACGACACUGCAGUCAGAGCAGUAUCAGGCAAUGAAGUCUUUGACAGGCAUUUUCGGGGUGGGGGUGAAGACUGCUGACCGCUGGUUCCGAGAGGGGUUGCGGCAACCUUCAGAUGUUGCAAAGUCUGGGCAAAGGCUUAAUCAUGCUCAACAAGCAGGCCUGCAGUAUUACAAUGACCUUAACACACCUGUCACCAAGGCAGAAGCUGACGUCAUUAGUCGGAUUGUGGAGGGGGCGGUCCAAGAGGUGUUGCCAGGGGCAGAGAUAACUCUUACUGGGGGGUUCAGAAGGGGGAAACAGACUGGACACGAUGUGGACUUCCUCAUCACUCACCCCGAGGAGGGCAGAGAGGAGGGCCUGCUGACCAAAGUCGUCAGCUUGCUGGAAACGCGGGGCUUGCUGCUGUACCAGAAAACCACCAGGAAUUCUUACCUGGAGACCAAGGAGGGACCUGCCUGCCCCCCAAGUAACAUGGACCGUUUUGAGAGGUGUUUCUCCAUUUUCAGACUGGAGAGGCCCGGGCACAGCAGCACCCAGGGAGAAUCUCCCCAGGCCGCCUGUGAGGAGAGGGCCCGAGGAGAGGGCUCUGCUCUGGAGCAGCUUGCAGGAGAGCACCUGGACUGGAAGGCCGUGAGAGUGGAUCUGGUCGUCACACCUGUUAGUCAGUUCGCCUUCGCUCUGCUAGGCUGGACCGGGUCACAGCUGUUUGAGAGGGAGCUGCGACGCUGGGCUGGGCAGGAGAAGAGCAUGUCUCUGAGUAGCCAUGCUCUAUUUGACAAUAAACGGAAGCAGUACCUGCGUGCGAGCUCAGAGGAGGAGAUCUUUGCCCACCUGGGGCUGGCGUAUAUCCCGCCGUGCGAGAGGAACGCCUGACACCCCCCUGCUGCUCUGCUCAGCAUCCCCACAGCAACCAGGAACAUCCAGUGAUCCUUAAUGCACGAAGACACGCCCUCCAGGGUCACCUACUGAAUACUGACGAAUCAAUAAUUCAUUAAUCAAGUACCCAGACCAAGGGUACGUCAGCGCAGCCCCCAUGUAGGAACUGAACCUGCAACCUUUGGGUUAUAUGCCCAACUCAACCACUACACUACAGUUAGACUCCGCAAACCCGCAUGUACUGUAACACCUUCCUCAAGCUUGUUUGCAGUGUGAAUGUCACCCGAGGUUAUGAACAGGAAGACGUGUUCUGUUUCUGGAGCACCUGUUUUCCAGGUUUUGAUUAAUUGAUAACUUCUGGUAAUUGAUGUCUGGACAGCUUGAGCAAACCCUCUGUGCCUCAUGGCUAUAAAUAUCCCUCCUGUAUAAUGAAGCAAUCUGUGCUGUGCAGAGGGGACAGCUCUACCUUAAAGAUUCAGAGUAUUCUGACUGCAGAGGAAAUUGGAGUCAUUUUAUGGACCAUAGUAAAAUUAUUACACGCUUAAUGGUUCUGUAUAUCAGAUAUAUAGAGGAGACUGGAAGGUGUCAGGAUUUUUUUGAAACUCGUGACUCAAUAUCAACUGUGUGCCUAAAGCAUGUUACAUUCAUGUAAUUUUUUAUGCUGUCAAUUUUA